AUGGUGGAGAGGAUAGCAGUGGUGGUGGUAGUGGUGGAGGGCGGUAGCGAUGGUGGCGAUGACAAUGGUUGUCAUGGUGGUGACAACACCAGUGACGACAACGAUAGUGGCGGUUGUGGACGUAUUGGCGAGGGUGGUGAUGGAGCUGGUGGUGGUAGUGGAGGUGGGUGCUAUCCUAUGGUGGAGGCAGUAGUGACAUUGAUAAUGACAAUAGAGGGUGGUGCUAGCUGUGGUAGUGGAGGGUGGCAGUGGAGGGUUUUUGUGGUGGUCGAAGGUGGUGAUGGUGGUGGAAGAGGAAGUGAGUUAAUGGCAGUUGUGAAAGUUGAUGGUAGUGACGACGGUAGUGGUGACAGGGGUGGCAACUAUGAUGUUGGUGGUCGUAGGAGGAGGUCGUGGUGA